UUGGACGUUGAAGUUGUCAACCAUGAAGUCUUUUGAGUAGAAAAAGAAGUUUGUCCAAAAGUACCAGACCUAUAGGCUAAAAGUACCAUCUUUUAAGCGUAUUUUAGGGGCAAGUCUACAUUUGAUUCUUUUUCACUAUGGCAGAACCAUAGAGAUCUCCAAUAUCUAUCAGUUAGUAACCUGAUUUGCUUCCGCGACUGCUCCCUUCUGCUCCGGCGCUGGCCAUGUAAAUGUAUUACGGUUGUAGCUCUUCACAAGGGUCAGCUUUUACCUAAAAAAUUGCAAGAUCAAGGCAUAGCGUAUUAGAAGUUUUCUGUGAGGGAUAACUAAAUAAGAAAACGGUUAUAACGGUUUUUCUGUUACCUAACUGCUCGAUCAAUGUUCACCUCUAAAAAUUCUAAAAGAGAAUAGCUAAAUAAAAUCAGCUAUUACUCAUUUCUUCUUAAAGAAUCUGAAAAUAAAGCUUGCUGUUGAGAUUGGAAGCUCAUACUUGGCUGCUGUUCCAUGGUUAAUAAGUCUCCUUCCUGAGUGAAUGUUAAGUUAAGUGAUUAAAAAUGGAUAGGGAUUUUGGAAAAGGGAUGAUGGGACAGCAAAAUAACUUUGAACAAGCUCGUUAUAGCUCUAUAGAGACUAGAACAGAGGUCAUUGGCUCUUCAAACCAGAGAUUUUUCCAGGAUUCAUGCAGUUCUAUCAGUGCAGACAUAAGACCACCUGAUUUCAUUGUACCAGUCGGAGCUAGACCUGUAAACUAUUCCUUUCAGACUGGCGAAGAGUUUUCUUUGGAAUUUAUGCGGGAAAGAGUUAACCCAAAGCAGAACCUCAUUCCUCAUGGUUCUGGGGGGACUACUGGAAUUUCUCAUACAGGUUCUGAAAGUGGAUCAGAUAUUUCCAUGAUUGCCUCAGUUGGAAAAACUCGAGUUCAACAUCACCAGAGGUCUAGUACUUCUAUAAAUGAAGGGAUAAGCAACCACCAAGCUGUGCAAACUGGAACUAGAGCCUCAUCAAGAAAUAACAACGUCCAUGGGAUUCAAAGCCAUAUGUCUUCUAGAUCUAGUACAUCAACAAAGUUGAAGUUUCUGUGCAGUUUUGGUGGUAGAAUUAUCCCUCGUCCAAGUGAUGGGAAACUCAGAUAUGUUGGAGGUGAUACGCACCUCGUCCGUGUAAGCAAGGAUAUUUCUUGGGAGGAACUCAGGCAAAAGAUGUUGACAAUAUUUAACAAUUGUCACACAGUAAAAUAUCAGCUUCCUGGUGAGGAUCUUGAUGCAUUAGUGUCAGUUUCUUGUGAUGAAGACUUGCAGAAUAUGAUAGAGGAAUGUAAUGUAUUAGAAGGUGACGGAUCACAAAAAUUCCGGAUAUUUCUCUUUUCUAACAGUGACUUGGAAGAUUAUCUGGUUGGUCUGGAAAAUAUUGAAGGAGAUUCAGAGAUGCAGUACGUUAUUGCUGUCAACGGCAUGGACUUUGGUUCGAGAAGAAACUCUUUUGCCCUGGCCAGCACUUCAGAAAAUAACCUGGAUGAGUUUCUGAGUGCAACAAUUGCUGGGGUGAAUGGUCAAGUUGCUAGGGAUCUAGCAGAGGCUGAUACUUCAGAUCCAGUCAUUGGCAUGCCUCUAACAAAUCAAUCUGCUCAUGUAGGGGUAGGGGUGUCAAUUUCAUCACAUACCUUCGACUCAAAUCAACCAGGAUACUUGGGUCAAACUGUAUAUCAUGGUGACACUGAAUGGCAACCUUUACCUUCUUCCAUACCAGUUGACAGCUUCCGAGGUGUAGAUGGCGAAAGCCUGGUUCUUCCAUCUAUGCAACUGCGGUAUAACCAUGGUUAUCAUCCGCCCAAUAUGCAAGUGCAGUACAACCAUGGUUAUCAUCCACCCAACUCUUCACAAGUCACAGAUAACUUUCUUGUAAGUUCGGGCCACGGUUACAUGAAUUGGAAAGGAGACGUGGCUCUUGGGCAGUCUUAUCAGAGCUCGCAUAUGAAUAACUAUGAGACACCUGCUACAGUAGUAAAUCUGAAAAGAGAUAACUCUUCUCGGAAGCUGUUCGAACUUAGUAAAGAUCAUCGAGAGAAGGAAGUGCUUGAGGAGGGAAAGAUAAAGAUAGAAAGCUCUUUGCAGAAAAUAAAUGAGCCUGAAAAAAUGUGUCCUUUGGAAUGCGAAAGAGUUGUUUCCUCAAACCCACUGGAUGAUUCCACCUCAAGUCACGUUCCUAGAGUUGAAGUGUCGACCUUCACUGCUGUGGCAGUUGCUGCAAGUUCUGUUACACAAUCUAAAAUCAAUGACAAGAUUCAGGAACAAGUGCAGAGUUCGGCAUCUCCUGAAGCUGUUCAGGAAGAAAAACUUGAUAGGUUUACUGAAGAUGGCUUCUCCAGAUCUGGUAGAACUUCAAAUGCUGGCUAUGGUGACUCAGAGACACAUCCACUUGAUUUUAGCUACGAACAAUCAUCAAUUCCUUCACGGCCUUAUCGUUCUGAAUGGAUACCCAGGGAACAGCCCGGCCUUAAUCGUUUAUCUAGAUCUGAUGAUUCAUCUGCUUCGCAGUUCAUAAUGACCCAUGCGCACUCUGGAGGCACACAGCACAUCAUAGAAUCAGUAGAUAAGUUGCACGACGGGAAUGUGGCUCCCCAGACAGAGCAUGUUAUAUCUUCUGGAAGAUCUUUGUCUGCUAAUCAACGUGCUACUGCAGAGAAAGGGGUAAAAUUUCAGGAAUCUAUAGAGUUAAGUGUCAGUGCCACAGAAAUUUAUACCAAGGGUGCUGGAGAAGUUUCUGAAGCAAAUCUCAAUAAGCCUGAGCUGAAAGCUGCAACAUAUGCAGAUAAAGUGAAAUCUGGACUAGGUGAUCAUAUCAUCACAAGCAGUAAUGUCCAGGCUGAGUCUGCUUCUGGGCAGACAGAGCUUCAUUGGGGUGAUGCAGCUGCAAAUAGAGCCGAGGGAAAUAAAGCAGCAGAGCAAAUACAGCCUUUGGCUGUGAAAGAAUGUCAGGUUGGAGAAGCAGCUUCCACAGAGAGGCCCUCUGUCACUGUUGGGACAAUUGAGCAUGGGAGCAUUCUUUUUGACAUUAAUGACCGCUUUCCCCGUGAUUUUCUCGCUGAUAUAUUUUCGAAAGCUAAACUUAUGGAUGCUUCACCAGUGCCUGUUCCACUACACACUGAUGGAACUGGUUUGAGCUUGAAUAUGGAGAACCAUGAACCAAAGCACUGGUCCUUUUUUCAAAAGAUAGCUCAAGGUGAUUUUGGUAGAAGAGAUGUCUCUUUGAUGGACCAGGAUCAUCUUAGUAUGUCUUCUACCUGUGCAAAUGUUGAUGAUGGGGUGUCUAUGGAUUCUGGUUAUCAUCCUUUCCAGCGUGAUGGAGCAAUGAUAGAUCAUAUGGACUCUCAGCUCAAUAUUGAAGCUGAGUUCCAGCAACCAUCACCUGAAAUUGUUGGACCAGACACCAUGGAUUUGCCUUCAGAGUACAAACAUUCUCAAACCACUUACGUUCAAAGUAUGCUGUAUGAUGGUGAAUUGAGUUCAAAAAUACCUGAAUCGGGUUAUCAGGAUGAGAACCAAGGAGCUCAGAAUGCUGGCUUUCCCCCUACCAAUCUCUCGCUUGGAGACUUUGAUCCUAGCUCCUUGCAGGUACUGUGAACUAUUCUAUUGGUGGUUGGGUAUGAGUUUAAAAGACGCCUGAGAUUCAAAAAAAGCACUAAGGCUACUUUUGGAUGGAAGUAUGUGGAAGGAAGUGAAAGGAGACAUUUCUUUUCCUUUCCUACUCUCUACAUUCCUUACAUCCUAUACUAACAAAGUUCCUUUUAAAAUAAAAGAUUCUAUACUUACAAAGUGUAUAUCGAGUCUAUGAAUUUUCUUUAUGAAGCCAAGAUAUAGAAAAGCUUUGAGUUUCUACUUCAAGGUCCUGAAUAUAUCUGCACAAGUUUCAUGGGACAGCUUAUAAUUUUUCUGAAUCGUUCCAUUUUCUAAAUCUAAAUAUAUUAAAUAGAGAAAGGUUUUGUAAUUCUUCUUGAUGUUCUGGACUUUGGUACAGAUUUUUCUUAGGCCAUCCACGCCAUAUACGGCAUCAGUCUGUAUUCUGUCUUGUUGAUAUUGCCAAGUACUAGCCCCUGUACGGCUGUACCUGGGCGAGACUCUGAC